AUGCCUGAAAGGAGUGCAAAUAAGAGGGUCUCGAAAGCGAAAACGCCCUCAUCGAAUAAAACUGCCGCAUCCUACACCUACACUGGCUGCUGGACAUGCCGGCGGCGCCACAUUAAAUGUGACCUGAGAAGACCCGCCUGCAACCGCUGUAUCAAGGCUGGCUUUGACUGCGAAGGCUACGACUUCAAGUUCGCAGGCUCUGACUCUUCACGAUCGUUCCGGCGGCCGGUAGCACCGGGAAGCAAGGCUCAGCAAGUUGCUUCUUUCACGAACGCUGAGGUUACUGGCAUCUUGGAUGAGUUGGACAUUGCAACUGCCUCGCUUCAGAAAGGCCCAUUCUCGGUGCUAUCCUUCGAUUCAGCUGCUCAAGAUGAGCCCUCAACGCCGACGGUCGAUCUUGCGCUUCACCCUACUCGGGUCAAGCAGGAGCUGUCGUCAUGGGAAUCGCCGCAAGACAGCGGAUUCGCUUCACAGCAGACCUCCCCAACCAACGAUACAAAGAGCCUCACUCCAAUUCGCACAUACUAUUCGCCGUCGCCGCCGAUGGUGCAAGAACCUCAUUUCUUGACCAUAUCGGGGAGACAGAGUGAGCUGUUCGAGCACUGGACCACUUUCUUGUGCCAUAACUUGUCACCUUUGACGUCGACCGUCAACCCCUUCCGCUACACCUAUCCUUCUUUGGCCUUGGAAGGCUUGACAGUGACCGCGGACGUGGCAACUGCGCGGUUGGCGGUCUUUCAUGGCAUUUGUGGAACUGCAGCCUGGAGUCUAUUACGGCUGAAACAACACGAUCAGACAUAUCAUGCGCUGUCUGUGUAUCAUGACCAGAUGGCCUUGCGAUACAUCCAGGAGACGAUCGAGCGACCCGAUGGAUUACACGACGCAGCCAUUCCUGCAGCUAUCAUGAGCUGUCUCACCGGUGAUACAGUGUCUGGACGGCUAGAACUCUGGGGAAGACAUCUUCGCGGUGGCUAUCGUUGCCUGUUGAACGUCCUCGCUCAUCACAAAGCAAGGGACAGGACAAUGUCUGUCCUGUGCCAGCAAUAUCUGCUAGGAGCUGCACUGGGCAACUUUGGAACGGCAGCAGAGUUGCAAACCUUGUGGGAUGCGGUCCUCAACGAGCCUCUGUACAUCGAAGAGUGCCAUUGCAUCACUCGGCCGAUGCUGGAAUCAGUCAUUGCGAUCAAUUUGCUCGCUGUCUCCAACAAACGCUUCAACCCCAACGAAGUCGAGGCAGUGCGAUUGCAACUUCGUCGGAGCGUGCCAAAGUUUGAAGAUCCUUUGAGGCACCACCUCUCGUAUGCCUACUACUUCGCCAUCAUGAUCCACUUCAGCCGUUCAUUUUCCCAGCCCGUCAACACAGAACAACUAGCUGCCAAAGCGGUCGAUCACUUGGAAUGGGCAAAGCAGACCUCGGGAGGAAAUUGCGGCAACAUUUUGAUGUGGCUGUUGUUCAAGAUUGGGCCGGAAUGCGAAAGCAACGAACUUCGCACGAGGCUGUUGCAUUGGUGCAAUACCCACUUGCGGACCAACAUCAACACGUUGGACACAUUCAUCAAACACCUGCAAAACACCUGGGCUGUGUCGGCGAUUCCUGCUCCAGAGACGACAGGAUUUCCUAUCGAAGAGAUCAAGACCGAGAGCUAUGAUGAUACUUGA